AUGGUAGAUAAACUUGGACUAACUAAAUCUGCUCAUCCUUUUCCUUAUCAUGUUUCUUGGCUUACUAAGGGGCAACAAACCCUUGUGACUGAUCAAACCAUGGUUGAGUUCUCUUUAGGUGAUUUUAAGGACAAAGUUUUAUGUGAUAUUGUAGAGAUGGAUGAUUGCCAUCUUCUACUAGGGAGGCCAUGGCAAUAUGACAUGGAUGCCACCUAUAGUUGUAGGAAGAACACCUACACCAUUGUAAAAGAUGGAGUCACCUAUAACAUGAAACCAUUGCUUGACACUAAGGCAGAGAAAGAGCCCACAAUCAUAGUAAUUGGUGAGAAAGAGAUGGUAAAAACAUUGAAAGAUUCUCAAGAAGAGAGUUUUGUUUUGGUUGUGAAACCCAAGGACAAAGAUGAAUCUGAUCAUAUAGCACCUAUUUCUGAUGUUGUGAAAGGUUUGCUUGACAAGUAUAAGGAAGUCAACACAAGUGAGUUGCCCCCUACCGUCCCGCCCUUGAGAGAUGUUUGCCAUCAAAUUGAUUUGAUUCCUGGUGCAUCAUUGCCCAACAAGGCACCAUACAAGAUGACAUCCAAUCAGAAUGUUGAGAUCUCAAGAAAAGUUCAUGAGAUGUUGAACAAGGGACUCAUUCAAAAGAGUCUUAGCCCUUGUGUCAUACCAACAGUAUUAGCACACAAGAAAGAUGGGAAAUGGAGCCGCACUUUAGAAGAGCAUAUUAACCAUUUGGAGCAGGUUAUAAGGAAGCUUCAUGAGCACAAACUAAUAAUCAAUCUAGAGAAGUGUAUCUUCAUGCAGAAGGAGCUCAUAUUUUUGGGCUUUGUCAUCUCUCAAGGCACACUAAAGAUGGAUCCAAGCAAGGUAGAAGCCAUUGUAAGUUGGCUUCAACCAAAGAAUCCAGGUGAUGUGAGAAGUUUUCAUGGAUUAGCCACCUUUUAUAAGAAGUUUAUUAAAAAUUUCAGUCAUAUUUGUGCUCCAUUGUUGGAUACAAUUAAAGGUGGUAGAAAAACUAAGUUUGUAUGGACUAAUGCAGCCAAUGAGGCUUUUCAAUAUUUGAAGAACAGGGUGGCACAAUAUCCUAUUCUAACCUUGCCUGAUUUUGGCAAAGUGUUUACAGUUGAAACAGAUGCGAGCAACUUGGCUAUAGGGGUUGUCCUAAGCCAAGAAAAUAGACCUAUUGCUUUCUUUUCAAAAAAGAUCAAUGAGGCCAAGAAGAAGUAUUCUACUUAUGAGCUUGAACUCUAUGCAAUGGUUCAAGCAUUUUAA